AUGCUAAGUCUGCACCAAGAUCAAGAAGGGUUGCACCGGUCUGAAUGUGAGCUGCGGCGUCGAACUUGGUGGCAUCUUGUGUUCCUAGAUAUUGAAGCCUCAGUAUCUAGUGGACUUCAGAAUCUAAUUCGACCUUGUGACCAUGAUAUACCAUUGCCAGUGCUUACCAAAGAGGACAUGGGCCUUGGAGAGGCUGAUAAGGAUGGCUCAGCAGUGGUUAUAGCAAUGCAAGGGCACUGGCUACUUGCCCAAGAAAUACAUCAAUGGUUCAAACAACGACCCAGUCACGAUGAUAUUAUCGCUUUCCGUGGUAGGAUUGAAACUCUCGUUUCACGAAUCAGCGGAGAUUCCGCUUUGGCACGAUGGGCGCGGAAAUUUCUUCAACUACAGAUCGAUCGGGCGUACUGUAUGGCUGGCCUACAAUUCUGGCAGCUAGAUCAAUUUAAAGGAACAAGCUGUGGGAACGAGGCCGUGUGUACUGCUCGCUCCUUCUUAAGAAUUUACCUAGAUCUUAUCCAAAUAGGACGAGAUAUAGCAUUCGAGUGGUUCAUACCUGGAUUUAUUCAGCCUAUACAUGCUUUGAUGAUUCUCCUAAAACAUUUGAGUGGGUGUUCAGACCCAGAAUGUGAAAACUCUGAGAAAACUCAUGAACUCCUCACUCAAGUUAUUGACAGAAGGAGAGAAUGGAUUAUGAGAGGUCCAAUUCGGCCAUUGCCUAGAAAAUUAAUGCUAGGCUCUGAAACUAUUUCUACUCGUGUAGGAGUAUCCGUGACCCCAAUGACCGAUCCUCGCUAUCGGAUGUUGUGGACUUUGAAAGAAGAAGUAUGGCGACGAUUUGGGUGGAUAGCGACAAUCACGCCUAUCGCUACUACUACUACUGACUACGGGGUUUCGGGGUAUCCAUCUACGAUUCAUGAUGAGACGAGAGGCGACCAUUAUGAUGAAAAAGGCCAAGGAUCAACUUCACUUAGUCUUUGUGAAGUGGGUUUGCAUUUUCCGACUGGUACGCGAGCAAACUCACACGAGACUUCUGAUAUGCCAUGCAACUUGCAGCCUUUUGGUACUCUAAACAGCUCAAAUGACGGAGAGAAUAAUCUCCCUGACAAAUAUGUUCAUUUAGAUAACUUGGGCCACCCUGAUAUUCUCGCUUCUGUGAAUUGGGACUCGUGGCUUAACAACUUUGAAUGA